UCUUCCACACGAUAACAUGGCCAAGGUACCAAUGUGGCCGAAUGUGAAACACGAGAAGGACGUGGUAGAUACUCUGAUGUGGAAUCGAUGGUUACUGCGGAUUAUCGGUAUUUGGCCGUUAGUGUACCCGAAUACCACGACGAUCGAGAAGAUUCUGGCGACAUUCUCGUUCGCACUGUGCUGGACCGUGCUCAGUUUACUGCUGGUGCUCACAAGCAUGUACACCUUCUCGGACCGGAGUAUCAUGGGUGAGAAGAUGAAGAUGCUAGGCCCGCUGGGCUACGUGUUCUUCUCCAUGCUGAAGUAUCUCCUCCUGGUGAUACGUCACAAGAGUAUCCGCCGAUGCGUCCGAGUCCUCAGCGCCGACUGGCGCAUGGUCCAGGAGGGCUACCAUCGGGAGAUCAUGAUAAGGGAUGCCACGAAGGGCCACUUACUCUCCAAAUUCUGCAUAAUGUUUAUGUACUGCGGCGGCCUGUCCUACAAUACGGUGAUGCCGUUCCUGUCGCAGACGCCCGAGAACGAACUGAACAUCACCGUCCGACCAAUGGCCUACCUCGGCUUCGAUAUUCUCUUCAAUUUGCAAAUCAUGCCGGUUUACGUGUUCGCCUUCUGCCUGCAGUGCUUCACCGGUGUCGUCAUGUUCAACAUCACCACGUCGGUUUGCUGCUUGGCGGCCAUGUUCGUGGCCCAUGCCUGCGGUCAGAUGGACAUCGUGAUAAAUCGUGUGGAGAAUCUCAUAAAGGGUGAAGAACAAUGCAGCCGCGUGAAGUUUGAACGGUGCAUGGCGAUUAUCGUGCAGCAUCACGUGCGAGCGUUGAAGUAUUUGAUGGAAGCUGGACUAAGAUUUUGCAGAUUUUCAGCCAACAUCGAGGAUACUUUGCGCGAGAUAUGUCUAGUCGAGAUGGUGGGGACGACAUUGAUAAUGUGUCUAGUAGAAUACUCACUGAUUACGGUAACGACGUAUCGGAUAUAUUUCAAACGGUGCAAAAAUAUUAUUUCAUAUUCACAGGAGUGGAAUAACAGCGACAAUAUAGCAAUCUUCACGUAUUUCUUUCUGUUUCUCUCGUUUGUCUUCAACAUUUUCAUAUUCUGUUACAUCGGUGAACUGCUCACGAAACAGUGUUCCAAAGUCGGAUAUACGUCGUACAAGAUCGAGUGGUACAAUUUAUCAGGAAAGACCGCUCUCGAUCUCAUGUUAAUGAUCGCAAUAUCACGUCAUCCGGUACAGAUCACCGCUGGAAAAAUGAUAAGUCUCUCUUUCGCUAAUUUCGGCAAUGUAAGUACACAAUUCUUUUUUAUAUCAAAGACAAAAGCGCAAUUCAUUUCGUGAAGAUAAUGAUCAAAUUGAGUCAAGUUGAAUGUUUAUGUACACACAGCCGACCGAAACAAGUAUUAAAAAAUAUUUCCCCCAUUCUUGCAGGU